CUCCUUCGGUUGAGCCCGCAACAUCCUGACCGGCCUUGGCUGGUGUCAGGGAGCGCCAAGCCCGCACAGGGACGGAUGAAUUAGUGAACCUGCAGUGACCGCCAUUCGCUUCAUUUCUCACUUCUUCUCUUUAUUGAAGAGUCGUGAUUGUGCAAAGCGGACACAAGGUUGGCCUCCAGCGCCCAGAUUCACCAUGGGGAUCAAGGCUGCUCUCCCCAGAUAUGAGCUGUAUCUCUACUCUGCUGUGCUCGCAGGGGCUCUGAUAUGGGCUGGCAGUUGGAUAUUUGAAGCCUCCAGUGAUAAUGUAAACAGAAAGGCCUUUAAGGAAAGUGUGAAGCCAGGAUGGCAUUAUUUUGGCAGGAAAAUGGAUGUUGCGGACUUCGAGUGGAUGAUGUGGUUCUCUACAUUCCGCAAUCAUAUCCUUUUUGCGCUCACCGGUCACGUGAUCUUUGCCAAGAUAUUUACCCUGCUCGCUCCAAAGAUUGGUAUUGAUGGAUGUCAGCACAGACCCUUGAUCUUUGCCGCGUACGGAGGGCUGGCCGUCCUGGUCACCAUGGGCUGGACCUUCAUGACUCUGGUUGUGUCCCACUGCGUCAUAUUGUACAGCGUCGCCCUGGUCAAGAAGAAGUGGAUGUGCUUUGCUGCAGGUCUGGGCACGCUGGCCUCCAUCAAGCUGGAGCCGUAUAACUCCUGGCAGGAGACCUUGGUGACCGGAUCGUUUGACCUGCAAGACGUCCUGUUCUAUGGAGGCUGUGGCUUCAGCAUCAUGCGCUGCAUGAGCUUUGCCUUGGAGAACUGUGACAGGAAAGAGGGCAACUACACCUUCUCCGACCUCCUGAAAUACAACUUCUACCUCCCGUUCUUUUUCUUUGGACCUAUUAUGACUUUUGACCGUUUUCAUGCCCAGGCUAACAACACUCAGCUAACCCGCAAGGAGAGGGAGAUGUGGAACAUCACCACCAAGGCCUUGUUACACCUGGGAGUUAUUCUGGUGGUGGACGUCUUCUUCCACUACUUGUACAUCUUGACUAUACCCAGCGACAUGAAGUUGGUCAACAAGCUGUCUGACUGGUGUUUGGCGGGACUGGCUUAUUCCAACCUGGUGUAUGACUGGAUAAAAGCAGCUGUAAUGUUUGGUGUCAUCAACACUGUGGCGACACUGGACCACCUUGACCCGCCUCAGCCUCCCAAGUGUAUCACCAUGCUCUACGUCUUUGCUGAGACGCACUUUGACAGAGGCAUCAACGACUGGUUGUGCAAGUAUGUCUAUGACUAUAUUGGCGAGAAUCAUGACAAGAUCUUUAAAGAACUUCUUGCAACAGUCUGCACUUUUGCCAUCACCACCUUGUGGCUGGGCCCGUGUGAGCUGGUUUACAUCUGGUCAUUUUUCAACUGCUUUGGCCUCAACUUUGAACUGUGGGUGGCAAAGUUCUUCUCCAUCCCACCCUUUUCUAUCAUGGAGGGAGCUAUGGGUGAAGCCAUGUCUCGUAGGAUCAGGGGUGUCUUCAACGCUGCCAAUUUCUGGGCUAUUGUCCUCUACAAUGUUCUUUCCCUGAACAGCUUGGAGUUUGCCAAGCUGGUGGGCAGAAGGAUUAUUUUCAAAGGUUUUCCUCUGUCCACCCUCUCCGUGCUGCUUGUGACUUACUGUGGUGUGCAGCUGGUGAAGGAAAGGGAGCGCCAGCAGGCCCUGCUGGAGGAUCCAGACCCAGUGAAGCCAGUGGAUGAUGGCAAAGAGAAAGCUGAAUAAUCAACCAUAUAACCACUGUAUUUUUUAUUUUUUACUUCUAUGGCAGGCCCCUGACAAGGUUUCACUGUUAGCCUCGCCAACUGUAACAAAACUAGACUGUGACAGCCGGUUGGCACCUUUAUUGUUCACGAGGGCGGAAGCUUUUGCUUGUCAAAAGUGAGCCAGUAUUUUUGGACGUAAAGUACCCUGAAGUGCACUUGCAGCAGAUAAUCGUAAACAUACUUUGGCACAAACCUAAGAUUGACAUGUUUUGUAUUUGUAUUUUAUCUGAACAAACGUUUAUUAUGCCGAUCGCAAGCCUUGCAAAGAAAACAAUUAAUAAGAGGAUAGGUAAAGUAAUUUUUUUUUUUAAAUGAGCAGCUACUUUGCUCAGUUUGUACUCUACCAUUUUAUUAUUCUCAGAUUUGAACAUUCUUGCCUUUCAUCGCCUGCAGUAUAGUUUAUUUUAUUCAAAUAUUGUUGUUUUUUUUUCCUUUAGAUGCUUCAGAGGCUAUUAUCACAAACUUAAAGGGAAUGAAACUUGAAAGAAACCUGCAAUAAGAAACACAAACAAAGGGUGCUGUGGAGGUCUUCCACAAGGCUUUCAGAUGAUUGUAAUGUAUUUGUACUAGUAACAGUAGCGGAUAGACUUUUGUUUUUAAUAGUUGAUAUGUAUUGGAUGUCUUAGGAUGCUGAAUGUAUUUAAGUCUUUGAACCACGUGCAGAAGAUGAUUGCCUUUUUCCACUUCACAGGGUGGUUUUUUUUCACAGGGAAUUACUGAUAAAUAUUGGUGUAUCUUUCCUCCAACCAUCUCACACAUGUCAGGCGCACACUUUGCUCUGGUAGACAAUAGAGCGAACAAAGAGUCUGGGUCAGUCUUUCAGUGCCUGUCAACAAAACCUGCAGCUUGUCUCCAACGUGGAAGGUAAUGAGGGAAACUUUAUAAAGACUGUAAUAUGUUUUGUCUUUCGGUGCUUUCAUGCGAAUGGCUGUUUAUUUAACUGUUUGUCCUGAAAUAAAGAUUUAUUUCAUCCUG